AAACACAGCGGGCUGUUUUUAUGCUACUACUUUAGUAUCUACCCGCCUGUUAUUGUUAUUAACUACAGAUUAAGCAUGGCGGAGCCCAGCAGGCAGGAUAUCAACACUAUCUUUAAGAGACUUCGCUCCAUUCCUACCAACAAGGUUUGCUUUGACUGCUCAGCUAAAAACCCCAGCUGGGCCAGCAUCACAUACGGAGUGUUCCUGUGUAUAGACUGCUCCGGGACUCACAGGUCUCUGGGAGUACACCUGACCUUCAUCAGGUCCACUGAGCUGGACUUCAACUGGUCCUGGUUCCAGCUCCGGUGUAUGCAGGUCGGAGGGAACGCGUCUGCGAUUUCAUUCUUUAAUCAACAUGGAUGCACGACCAACGCUGCCAACAGUAAAUACAACAGCCGCGCUGCUCAGCUGUACAGAGAGAAGAUCAAGACUUCAGCCACACAAGCCACCAGACGCCACGGCACUGAUUUGUGGCUGGACAGUCAGGCUCCUCUCUCGCCAACAUCUCCAGGUGACAAGCAGGUGGAUUUCUUCAGUCUGCUCUCUCAGGCCCCCUCUGAUAAUCUGAACACGGCCCAGAUGAAUCUGAGCCCUCCUACAUCAGAGAAGAGUUCCAGUGGGGGGAAAGAGGAAGACAGUAACGGUAAUCUAGACGAAGGUCCCAGUGUGGACAUGCUCAGUGUUUCUCCAGAGGCUAAUCUAGAGCCGUCCUCUCUUCUGAAAAAGAAGCCAACUGCUGCCAAGAAAACACUGGGCGCUAAGAAAGGAGGUCUGGGGGCUCAGAAGGUCAGCAGCAAGAGUUUCUCAGAGCUGGAGAAGAAAGCUCAAGCUGCUGACAAACUCAGGGAGAAAGAGGAGAAGAAGGGCUACCAGCCGGACGAAGCCAUCGCUCCGUCCCUCCGACUGGCCUGUAAAGACUUUGAGCAGCAGAGGAAACUGGAGGAGAAGAAGCUGAAAGGAUUAGAGGGGAAGAAGAAGGAGCAGGCUGAGAGGCUGGGCAUGGGGCUGGGCAUGAGGAGUGCGGUGUCUCACUCUGUGACGGCUGACAUGCACAUGAUCCAGCAGGAGAAUCCUCUGGGGACCAAGACCACCAAACCCCGACGCUUCACUCAGGACGAUGAAGACGAAGGCUCCUUCACCUCCAGGGUGAUGUCUCGGUUCGAGGAUCAAACAGAAACAUCGGAUCAUUUCUCCUCUCGGUGGGACGACCGGAGCGAGGGAGGUGGAGGAGGAGGAGGAGGAUGGAUGAAGGAGAGCAAGAAACCAGAUCCAGACUUCUACCUGACGUCUACCAUCACAUCAAUCAAUGACAGACCGUCAGGCAGAAGGAAACCAGAAGCCGUGGCCGUGUCGGACUCAGGAGAAGCUCAGAAGAAGUUUGGAGGAGACGUGAAGGCCAUCUCCUCUGACAUGUUCUUUGGGAAACAAGAUAACUCUGAGUACGAGGCUAAAACCCGUCUGGAGAGGUAUGCUGGGAGUUCCUCUAUCAGCUCAGCUGACCUGUUUGAUGACCCAAAGAAACAGGCUGCGAGUUCGUACCGUCUGACCAACGUGCUGCCCAACGCCCCCGACAUGUCUCAGCUCCGGCUGGGCGUCCGCUCCGUGGCGGGGAAGCUCUCCGUCAUGGCCAGCGGCGUAGUCAACUCCAUCCAGGAUCAUUACGGCUCCUGAGUCCUGGUGCGUCUCCUCUCAGCUCCUUUAUACUCGUCUCUGUUAACAGAGUCAGAUAAGUUCCCACAGAGAAACCCUGUAAACAAUCUAUAUCUAGUUUUUUAUUAGUUACUGUAUAUAAGGAAGUACAAAAGUACAUAUACAGAAAUUGUGAGAAUCGAGAAGAUGAAAGCACAAUAUUUUGAGGGGAACAUUGUUCCUCUAAAGGCUUUUUGAAGGGAGAUCUGUGUCUUUGGUUCAGUUAUGAAGAAUAUUUAGUUUGCAGUUUAUUGCUUAGUUUGCUUUAAGGUCUUGGGGGUUAAAUAUAUAAAAUAUUCUAUGUAGCAGAGGGUUUAUGGUGUGUUGAAGGAGGGAUUUGAUUCCUUUUAGUUGAUGAGGUAAAAAAAUAGAAAAAGGUGGAGACAAUUCAGUUGCAACGUUUUAAUUGGUUAACAUACUCUGCUCAUCACAUGCACUCGGUGUUGUGCUUCACUGCACAUUCCCACUGGAAGUGUCCUUCACGUCCCCAAAGUGCACUUAUGUUCCUCCACAUACAGGACCAAAACCUGAUACAGAGGCCUUGGGGGACCAGAUAUAGAGUUCUAUAUUUCCUAUACGAUCAGUUAUGUAAAUGAAUAUAGCCCUCAUUAUCACAUUAUAAGCUUGAUUUUCUUGCAAACAGCUGUGUUUUACUUUGUUUUUGGAAGGCCGUGUUUCUGUAAUUAUUAAAUGCCAAGAUGGCAUAAAACCUAAGCAGCUAUUAAGAGGAGAGUUUAAAGAUAAAGCUCUACGUUUUGGGAAAUAUUUUCAUUUUCUUUCUUGCCAAGAGAACGGUGAGAAGAUUGAUACCACUCUUAGCCAGCAGCUGCUUAGCUUAGCUUAGCUUAGCUUAGCUUAGCAUAAAGACUGGAAACAUAAAGCCUGGCUCUGUCUGAAGGUGACAAUCUGAAUGAAUUCUUCUUCUAUAUAUUCUGAACAGCUCUAGAUUGACCCUUCUACUGUAGCUCACUUGCACUAUGUAUUUUUUUCUUGCUUGUAAUUCGACACUUUAACAAGUUGUACUUGAUAUUAUGUUCAAUAUUCACCUGGCAUCACAGACUCAUUUACAAAUGUGCAUCAGUCUGGAAUCCUUCAAUUCAUUUUUGAUUUCCAAGGGGUGUUAUUGAUGAAAAUGCCUCUGAAUUGACCCACAACUCAUUGGAGCACUGAAGUGUGUGAAAUAUAAAGAAAGGCAGCCUGGUCACUGACUCUCUGAAGUUAAAGUGAAACAGUGAAACCUGUCUGAUGAAGAGUGACUAAAAAAAUAAAACUCGGCAGAUUCUGCUCAACGUUUGAAUUGUAGAUUAACUGAGUUUUUAGGGGUUGCCUUUGUGAUGUUUUGGUUCAAAUUUGUACUUGUGUUUACAUUUCUGUUGUGACUUUAAAUUUAAUGGCACACACUUAAAAGGAUAGUUGGGAUUUUUUGAAGUGGAGUUGUACGAGGUACUGAUCCAAACACGGUCAGUCUAUUACCUAAUAAUAAUAAUAAUAAUACAUUUUAUUUGUAAAGCAGGCAGGAUACUGACACAGGAGCUGAGCAGUGUUCUGUUGUGGAUGUUGGCAGCAACAAAAGCACAUUUUUGCCACCUACAAUUUUUUAUUUCAGCUCUUUACCUUGCUGUCAGUCAGCCGUGUUAAUUAUACAGCUGUGGAAAGACUCAAGUGAUAAAAACAGUGAUUUUACCUGCAGAAGACUGGAGCUGCUGCUCUACUGACCUCCAUCGAUCCGUCUGUUUGUGUUGUUGUUUGACUUUUGGUGUCACACAACAACACAAACAAGUAUCUGAUACAGUCCCACUUCAAAAAACACAAAAACGAUCCUUUUAAGAGUCUUGAAGGUUGGAUCCUGGUGCAGUGGGACCUCUUUGUAGCUUUCAGGUCUCACUGAACAGAAACACGUCAGUUUAAAACAUGAAUGUAAACAAUCCCUUUAAAACCUUCAUUUAUGUUGCUUUGACAAGCUGCCAAGGUCUUAUAAGGUCAUAUAAUAUCUAUUAUUCUAAUUCUGAGUUGGUUAUUAGGCACAAACAUGAUGUUUUUUAAGCAAUAGAAAGCAAAGAUCUCUGUUUCUGACUGCUGGGAACGACUCGUGCUUUAGCAGAUUAGCAUCAUGCUAACACUACUUCAGAUAUCUAUAAUCUAUAUCUAUAAUCAUCUCUGGAUGAUUAUAUUACUGAGCAUCUUCUGUACUGUUUAUGCUUCUCAGGAGUUUGAUUUCAAUUGAAUAUGAAACACUAAAAGUGAAAGUUGUAGAUCCGUUAACGACCAAAUAUUUGUUUACUCCAUCACAUUAUGCCUUAGUCCAAAGAUCUCUGAUUAACGCGGCCUCAUGUUGCAAUAUUGUGGAGUCAUCUUUUUAUCUGUUUGCACAUUAUUUGUUAUAAAUUGCAUGUGGCAGCUUUUGCUUGAAUGUACUGUACUGCAAUUGAAUUUUUGCCUCUAAGUUGACGUUGCGUCCAUGUUAAAUUUGGUUGAUCUUUGUAAGAUUAUGUCUUCUGCUGUUGAAUAUUGUUAAUGUUACAUAAAGAAUAGUAGCUUGUAGUGUAACUUGCAUGGCCUUCGUAGUUAAUAGGAAACGCUGACUCAUCAUGAACUCAAGAUAUUCUGCAGCAUUUGGGACCCAUGUAAAAAUAAUGGAAUAACAGAAUUAUUCUAUUAAAACUGGAUAGUACUGCUGCAUAUUGUGCUGUAUAAGGCUUUGAAUUACCAUUUAUAGAAAGCUACUGAUAAUCAAGUUUUGACAUAUUUUGACACUCAAAAUGUAAGUAAGGUUUUUUGAAAAAAUUAUGACAAAUAAAUGGCUUGUGUCAAAGCUC